AUGAACGGAGCAGGAAAUAUUGAUUGCAGAAAAUGGGAGGACGUCUACUUGAUGCAUAUUUCAAACCAGUGCCCGGCAGAUAGCAUUUCAAUCAAGGGAACUUUGUUCUUAACAGACCACGGAUCAAAAGUAAGUAUUCACUGGGUACCCCAUCAUGAUCAAGAUUCGUCAUUAUCCCAAGAAGAUAGAAAAGGUUAUGAAAUCGAUAUUAAGGAUAUGGAUUUUCUUGUUAUACGAAAGGCCCCAUGCUUUCCUUGCCGUGGAGUGUAUUUAUCCCUAAAAUCACAAAAACCUUAUGGCCCAUUCGAGUUCCGUAAAGGUGGUUCAAGUUCAUUUUUGCGAAGUUUGAGUACUUUGGCUGAUGUUAAAAGAUGUCAUGAUGAUGAGAAUCGGUACAUUGUUAGACCUCGUCCACAACAUAACUUUACUUCUAAUUACCAUCUUCCUGAUCCUCUUGUGCAAAACAAACGUCAUUUCAGUUCAGCAAGAGUAGAAGCGGAAGGGCUGAUUGGGUCCCCUUUUUCUGGCCAAUUAGGUGCUUCAUUAAGAAAUAUUGGAAUACAUGUCAACUCAAUUGUUAGCACUAUAUUAUCACCUAAUUUAAUCGAUGAAAAUAUAGCUCCAAAUAACGGCUCAUCUGAAGAGUAUUUUGCAAAAUGUAUUGCAGAAGAUCUACAGAAAAUCGAAGCUGCACGUUUAAGAACUACCGAUGAUGAAGGAGGAUUCGCUGUUGUUGAACGAAGACCAAAUCCUAUUUUUCUUCCACCAAUGCCCACUGUUCAGCGUUCCCUUCCACUGAAUAUGACCCAAUGGAAAAAGUCACUAGAUCCAGAAGGUCGUGUAAAUCGACCUGAAAAUUUACGUGAAAUAAUAUUCAAUGGUGGUAUUGAAAAUGAUUUAAAACCGAUAGUAUGGAAGUAUUUACUCGGUUAUUAUCAAUGGACUUAUACAGCGGAAGAAAAUGAAAGAUUAAAAGUUGAAAAAAGUCGUGAAUACCACAUCUUGAAGACAUUUUGGAAGUCAAUGUCCCCUGAUCGAGAAGCUAGGUUUGCAUUGUUUCGUGAUCGUAAAUGUUUUAUUGAUAAAGACGUUCCACGUACUGAUCGAAAAACUGAUUUCUACUCAGAUGAUAGUCAUGGAAAUUUGACACGUCUUUCAGAUAUACUUAUCACGUAUACUAUAUAUAAUAUGGAUUUCGGUUACUUUCAAGGAAUGAAUGAUUUACUCGCAUUAAUACUUUAUGUUAUUAAAGAUGAAGAAGAUUCUUUUUGGUGUUUUGUUGGUUUAAUGAAUAGACUAGAGUCUAAUUUCAAUGGUGAACUCAAUGCAGUCAGAGAACAAUUUAAUCAAUUAUUUUCACUGAUUGAAAUAGUUGAUCCAACUUUCAGUGAAUAUCUUGAAUCAAAAAGUGCCAAAGAAAUGCCGUUUUGCUUUCGCUGGUUGUUAAUUCAUUUCAAACGAGAAUUCUCAUACAAAGAUACUAUGACUUUAUGGGAGGCGUUUUGGACAGAUUAUCGGACUAAGAAUUUCCAUAUCUUUUUCGCUGCCGCCAUACUUUUGACUCAAAGAGAUAAUAUCAUGAAUAGAAAAUAUGAUGCAAACAGUAUAUUAAAGCAUGUGAAUGAACUAUCCAUGAAGAUUCCACUGGAAGACUCUAUAAUUCGUGCUACAGCCUUGUUAGGCCAGCUGGAACAAGUGUCUGAUUCUUUACCACAUUCUGUGCAGGAUAUUAUUCAUGGACAGUCUUUAGCAACGUCUAGACAUGUUAAUGUCUACAAAGAAGAAAAUACCAGUUGUACAGAGCAUUCAUCAUCUAUUUAUGAUUAUUCACCAACUUUGUUAAAUGAGCAACUAGAAGUAUUAAUGGAUAAUGAAAUGUUUGAUCCAAAUAAAGAUAUAACUAAUCAGUCAAUUUUAAUGAUCCCAUCUAAUAGUAGUAGACAAUUCUUCUAG